GAAAGCGGAAGUUACGCUGUGGUCGGAACUUUUUGGCUUUCUCCGGCUGCCUCCAUCAUGGUGCGGAAGCUGAAGUUCCAUGAGCAGAAGCUGCUGAAGCAGGUGGACUUCCUGAACUGGGAGGUGACCGACCACAACCUGCACGAGCUCCGCGUGCUGCGGCGAUACGGGCUUCAGCGACGCGAGGAGUACACGCGCUACAACCAGCUGAGCCGCGCGGUGCGCGAGGUUGCCCGCCGCCUGCGCGACCUGCCGGAACCGGACCCGUUUCGCGUGCGCGCCUCGGCCGCGCUGCUGGACAAACUGUAUGCACUCGGCCUGGUGCCUACGCGGGGCUCGCUGGAGCUCUGCGACUUUGUCACAGCCUCGUCCUUCUGCCGCCGCCGCCUGCCUACUUUGCUCCUCAAACUUCGCAUGGCGCAGCACCUCCAGGCCGCCGUGGCCUUCGUGGAACAGGGCCACGUCCGCGUGGGCCCAGACUUGGUUACGGAUCCCGCCUUUCUUGUCACGCGCAGCAUGGAGGACUUUAUCACUUGGGUCGACUCAUCCAAGAUCAAACGGCACGUACUGGAGUACAACGAGGAGCGCGACGACUUUGAUCUGGAUGCCUAACGGGUGUGCUCGCCACGGCCAUCUUUUACGGAGGGGGAGACUGAGCUGAUGGCUGAAGAUACUGAGUGCUGACCCCGAGAACCUGUCGGCCAUUCCUGGAUUCCUAAGAACUUGGCUGCUCAACUAGGGGUCACAGAGCUGGGGAUGAAGAGUGGAUAAUUAAAUAACUGGAGAUAGUGGGAAGAAAUUUUGUACUGCACUGGGUAGGGAUUGUUAGCUUCUUGCGCCUUAAACCUUGUGGUGUAGAAGCAAGAACACUGCGGCUUCCCUCUGACCUUGAAGUAGGACUGUAAGUUUGAGAAUGUGGGCCCAAUUUUUCAUAAAGUGGGUGAGACUUGAAUGCUCAGGGUCCACGCCCUCAUUUAAAGAAAUCCUUUCUUAAUACCAAUAAAUGGCCCGACUGCCUUGUAAGCAAA